GCAACUUCAAGUUGCCCAAACCUUAUCGCGAUCAAUCUCUGCAUUCAAAGCAGCUCUUUUGCUAAAUGCAAAUUAUCAUCUGAGUGCUGACUGCGAUGAUCGACGUACACUGAAACGCACAUGACGGUUCUGUGGUUCGGCCGUUCAAAGGGUAGUGCAGAUCAUUCAGAAGAGUAGCCCCGAGAUCUUCAUAGGAGAUCAGCGCUAGUAUGACAGAUCCACGUGUCGCCGAUCUCUCUGCACGUAAUCUCGUAUACUUGGAAGCUUCGUUGAAGAAAAAAAUUGGCGUCUUUUGCCCAGAAUGCCAACCUAGCAUGCCAAUUAAUUCGGGUCGUGUCCUUGGGACGGCAGUUGUUAACGAGGCUGCACACCUACUCGCCACACGGCUCAGGAGGCAUUGGCAGGAAUAGGAGAUGCGGCAAGGCAGCGGGAAGUGGUUCCGGUGGAGUGAAGGCUACGUAUGAAUCGUAAGUCUGCUUUGGAGUAGUGAUGUGGCUUGUCAAGCUGCCGCUGCCAUAAUGUGGGGUCGAUACCUCAUAGCCGGAACUCGGCGUAUCACCCAGCCUUCUACGGACCGAGCUUUCAGCCACCGCGCCACAAUCACGAUCGCCCACGUUGACCACGACAAGUUCAACGGUGGUAAUUCCUGUUACUGUUUUGCAUGCAUAUAUUGGUUACAUAGCUAUUCGGCAACCUGCAGCAUCUGAAAGUAUAUACACCCAGAGCGAUAAUGGCAACGGACAAAAGGCCGCGCUCGGCCGAGAAUUAGAUAUGUAUGUACGUAGGUUAGCCUACUACUA